AUGCGCAUGGACAUCCAGGGAGGGGAUGGUGUGUGUGGCAUCAACGUGCUGCCUGGCAUCUACCCCAUUGUGAAGAGUGAGGCAACUUCCUCCAUCGUUCUCCACAUCUCCAUCCCCCCCUUUGAGCACUCACAGAGUCAACUAUUGGACGUGUGUGGGGCUGACUUGAAGAACCCCUGCUACGUGGGCACAUGCAUCAAUGACGGCAAGGGCUCCUACUCCUGCAUCUGCCCUACCAACUACGUUGAAAGCACAACCAUUGACAACUUCCCCACCUGCGAUCCAGCCAACGUCACAGCCAACACCAUGGCAGUGAGUGGGAGCAACUGGUGGUGCUCCGAUGUCCUUCCUCUUGUGGGCCUCUCACUUGCCCAAUUUGCGCAGCUGAAUGCGGGCGACACAUGCUGGUCCAUCAGCGCCCAGCUGGGCUUCACCAGCAGCAACCUCACGGCUCUCAAUCCCGGCCUCGGCUGCUCAGAGCCCAUCAAGGCGGGCCGCUCUCUGUGCGUCGAGCGUAAUGCCACCUUUGCCUUCACCGUGCCUCGGUGCUUGCAAUACGGGGUGCUCACAGCACAGGACACAUGUGAGCGCCUGCUGCAGCGGGUGGCGGGGAGUGAGGAAGACCCAUCGGGGGCUGUGAAGGUGAAUGCCAUGCCCUGGGCUGAGCUGUACCGCAACAAUCCCGGCCUCAUCUGCUCGAGUGUCAUCCCAGUCUCCGCCUCUGCUGUUGGCAGCAACAGUGGCGUGCAGGUAAGGGGUGGAGGGGAACUAGGUUGGGGCUGCAAGAGAUGGGAAGGAAAUGGAGGGAAAAUUGGUGGGUGA